CCUCUCGUCCGCGCACCGGGGCCCCUGGACCCUCUCUACGGCACCGUGCGCCGCUUCCUCUCCGUGGUGCAGCUCAACCCCUUUCCCGCCGAGUUGGUAAAGGCCCUGCUGAAUGAACCGUCCUCCGUGAAGGUGGAUGAGGUGGUGCGGUACGAGGCGGGCUACGUGGUGUGUGCUGUGAUCGCCGGCCUCUACCUCCUGGUGGUGCCCAUCACUGGGCUCUGUUUCUGUUGUUGCCGCUGUCGCCGGCGCUGUGGAGGCCGAGUGAAGAUGGAGCACAAGGCCAUGGCCUGCCAGCGAGGCAUCCUCAUGGUCUUCCUGCUGCUGACUACCCUCGUGCUGCUGAUCGGCAUGGUCUGUGCCUUCGUCACCAACCAGCGCACGCAUGAGCAGAUGGGCCCCAGUGCCGAGGCCGUGCCGGAAGUUCUGCUCAGCCUCCGCGGACUGGUCUCUGAUGUCCCUCAGGAGCUGCAGGCAGUGGCACAGCAGUUUUCCCUUCCUCAGAAGCGAGUCUUGGAGGAACUGGAUGGUGUCGGCAUGAGUAUUGGGAACACGAUCCACACCCAGCUCAAGAGCACGGUGUAUGAGGUGCUGGCCUCAGUGCUCAGCCUGGGCCAAGCCCUGCAGGUCUCCGUGGACCACCUCCGAGCCCUGAAUGCCACCUCCGUGGAGCUGCGGAAGGGGCAGCAGGCCCUGGGGCCGGCUGUCCGGGGGCACCAGGAGCGCCUCCUGGCCCUGCUGCAGGAGUCCAGCUGCCAGGGCUGCGCAGAGGCCCUCAACAGGACUCGUGCGCUGAAGCUGGGAGCCGACUUCAGCCAGAUGCCCCCAGUGGACAACGUCCUGCAUCGGCUGAAAGAUGUCCCAGAGGCUAACUUCUCCAGCAUGGUCCAGGAGGAGAACAGUACCUUCAAUGCCCUCCCGCUCUUGGCUGCCUUGCAGACGGCUGACGUGGUCAGAGAGCUGAAGAAGGUGGUGGCCCAGCAGCCUAGAGGGCUGAGGACACUGGUUGAAGCAUUCCCGGGCUGGGAGGCGGCUUCUCGCUGGAGCCAGGCACUGGAGAAGGCGGAACAGGGCAGCCGCCCCUACCUGAAGGAGGUGCAGAGAUACGAGAAAUACAGGUGGACUGUGGGCUGCGUGCUGUGCUCCGUAGUCCUGCUUGUGGUGGUCUGCAACCUGCUGGGCCUCAACCUGGGGAUCUGGGGGCUCUCUGCCAGGGAGGACCCUGGCCACUCAGAAGCCAAGGGCGAGGCUGGAGCCCGCUUCCUCAUGAUGGGUGUGGGUUUCAGCUUCCUCUUCGCCGCACCCCUCAUCCUCCUCGUCUUCACCACCUUCCUGGUGGGCGGCAACGUGCAGACACUGGUGUGCCGGAGCUGGGAGAGCAGAAAGCUCUACGAGUUUGCAGACACCCCAGGGAACUUGCCCUCGUCCAUGAACCUGUCCCAGCUUCUUGGCCUGAAGAAGAACAUCAGCAUCCUCCUGGCCUAUCAACAGUGCAAGCAAGGGGCUGCACUCUGGAAAGUCCUGCAGCUCAAUGACUCCUACGACCUGGAGAAGCACCUGGAUAUCAGCCAGUACACCACCAAGCUGCAGCAGGAGCUGCAGAAACUCAAAGUGGACGUGAAGAAUCUGGACCUGCUGAGCCCAGCUGCCCGCCAGGACCUGGAGGCCCUGCAGAGCAGUGGGCUUGAGAACAUCCCCUACCCUGGUUUCCUUGUCGAGAUCCAGAAGCCUGUGGUGAACACCAGCAUGGAGAAGCUGGCGCAGGAGCUGGAAGGACUGUCCCAGACCCAGGGCAAUUCUAUGCUGGGGCAGCAACUGCAGAAGGAGGCCCAAGGGCUCAGAAGCCUCCAUCAGGAGAAGGUCCUCCCCCAGCAGAGCCUCGUGGCCAAGCUCAACUUCAGUGUCAGGGCCCUGGCAUCCUCUGCCCCAUAUCUCCAGCUGGAGACUUCAGGUGUCCUGGACAAUGUCACUCACCUGAAAGGAGAGCUGCCUGCCUGGGCCACCAGCAUCCUGAAGAAUGAGAGUGAGUGUUUCCUGACCCGGGAGGUGGACUACUUCUCCCAGUACGUGGCCUGGGUGAGGGAGGAGGUGACCCAGCACAUUGCCACCUGCCAGCCCCUCUCCGGAGCCCUGGACAAUGGCCGAGUGAUAUUGUGUGACAUGGUGGCCGACCCCUGGAAUGCCUUCUGGUUCUGCCUGGCGGGCUGCACCUUCUUCCUGAUCCCCAGCAUCAUCUUUGCUGUCAAGACCUCCAAAUACUUUCGUCCCAUCCGGAAACGCCUCAGCUCCACCAGCUCUGAGGAGACUCAGCUCUUCCACAUCCCCCGGGUCACCUCCCUGAAGCUGUAGGACCCCAGUGGAACAGGGAUAUUUGCUGCAAAGUGAUGCCUGGGGCUGCCUGCCUCCCCCACUGACUUGACCUGGACCAAAAGACUUCUGUCGCUUUUGCUGUCAGAGCCCAGGCUGGCAUCCAGGCCUGGACUGUCCCCAACUCCAGUGACCUGACCCCAUCUUGCUGCUCCCUUUGCACCCCCUUUCUGCUCCUGACCUCCUUCAUUCAUUCUCAAAAACACACUUCUGCUGAACUGCAGAGCCAACAGGUUCUGCUAGAUGUCUAUCCCUUAUCCUCCUUGCUGUAGUCUAUCAGCACCAGGUAGAGCCUGUUCUCCACCUACUGGAACCCUCAGCCCCUUAGAUGGAACAGAGGCCCUGCCCAACCCCACUCUGUCCCAUCUGCCCACCCCCUGCCCACACCUCCCCCGUGCCUCUCUAACCUCCUUGCCCCUUUUCCUCAUCUUGGCCUCCCCAGCCCUUACAUCUUCCCCCUGGGGAAGUCCCUUGUCCCUCUUUGUCCCCUCUUUACCUUAUCCCACUACCUGCUGGCCCCCACAGAGCCCUUCUGCCCAACCAAACUAAUCAGGUGAAGCCACCAAACAGGCCAGGGGCCAUUGUGGCCUGGGCCUGGGCUGGCUGCAGGCUCUGCCUCAUGCACCCCAAGCCCUCCACUGCUUGGGGACCGGGACCCUCCACAGGCCCGGGUCUAGACUUCUGGUCCCUGGUGGGUGAGGGAGGCCUAAGUGAAGCCUGAGCCCCCGCCUGCACCUUGGGUUGGAAACCACACUGCUGCCCCUCAGCUCCUCUCUGAGCCCUGGCUCCCUAGGAAGGGACCUGGGGCAUGGGCUGGAGCAGGGUGUCCCCCUCAGCUCCCCAGAAGCAAGCCUCUUCAGCAGCGCCACCCAGCUUUCCCAGGAGAGAUGCAGUGGCCACAACAGGAUUUUGCACUGUGGCCCUCACUCCUAUCCUAUGUGCGUGGCCUAGGGUCAUCCCUGGUCUAUCCCUGUGCCCUGUCUCCAUGCCGGACCCUGAGUUCCAGAAAUGGGAAAGAGGAGGAGAGAGAGGAGACGGAAGGACCUCACAUCCAUUAAAGUGUUCUCACUUGGCUAAGUCUUGGCCUUGGGUCUUUUAGCUCUUCCAGGCUAGGGCCCUGGAUGUGGUUGGUGUUAAAUGAGUGUGGAGAGGAGAAUCCCAGGCCUCCUCUAACCGUAGGCACCCAGUGACACCCCAGCAACCUGCAGGUGGGGAGUGGGGCCCACUCUGGGAGAAGGAAGACUGGGGUUCACAUCCUGGCUCUAAUGCUUGGUAACCAGGGCACCUUGAAGAGUUUCUUGGGUCCCCUAGACCUCUUCAUCUGUAAAAUAGGGAGAAUAGUUAUAGCCACAUCAGAGGGUUGUGAAAAAUGUGACAGUGUUUGGAAAUCCUUUGGCAGGGGCUGGCACGAAACAAAUGCUCAGAUGCCGCUCUUUUUAUUUCCUCCAUGACUAUUCUGAGCAGAGCUGGGUCUGGGCAGAUACAGGGGAAGAAGGAGAUGGAUCCCUGUUCAAAGGCACAAAGCCUUUUAAGAUUAUAUGAAUUUGAAUUUCAGGGGGUAUCUAUGUUUAAUUGCAUCUUACAAACCAGCAACAAAUUUGCUGCUAAAAUUAGGAUGGUGCCUACACAAUGUGUUGUCACCAUUGCAAGUACUCUCAGACAGGCAUCCUUGAACGUAGUACAGUCGCCUCUUUUUGGCUUUUCCCAGAGAAAUUUUGACUUGCUUUUCAUCGGAUGCCCUGUGUGGGGAACUAUAGCACCCUGCAUCUGAAGAAUGAAAUCAGUGGGAUUAAAAACAGAAAACCAUUAAAAAAUCAUUUCCAGUUCUGUAUCAGAA